GCGGCGCUGCGCAGACUCGCGCUCCAUUACCUUUUUCUGUGUUUUCCGUGCUGCCCCCGGUCCCGCCGAUUCUCCCUGGCCACAGUUUACAGUCCCCGCGCUCAGGAUGGAGCCGCUGGACGAACUGGAGCUGCUGAUGGAGAAGAGUUUCGGGAAGGAGGCUGCGCUGCCGGCGAAGCUAUUUCAGAAGAAGGUGAUAGCUUCCUUUCCUGGAACAGUUCUGAGCCGGGGAGUGGAUAACCGGUACCUGGUGUUAGCUGUCAAUAUUGUACAGAAUGAAGAGGGGAACCAUGAGAAGCACCUCAUCAUCACUGCUUCCCAGUCGUUAGACUAUAAAGAACGGUGCAUCCUUAGGAAUGACUGGUAUUCUGUACUAGUAGAACCAGGAGAUAUCAUUCAUUUGGAGGGAGACUGCACAUCUGAUACUUGGAUAAUAGAUAAAAGUUUUGGAUAUUUGAUUCUAUAUCCAGACAUGCUGAUUUCUAUCACAAGCAUCGCAAACAGUAUUCGAUGUAUGAGAAGAGCUGUCCUGAGUGAAACUUUUAGGAGCUCUGAUCCAGCCACACGUCAAAUGCUAAUUGGUACAAUUCUCCAUGAGGUAUUUCAAAAAGCUGUAAGUGACAGCUUUGCUCCAGAAAAGCUACAGGAACUUGCUUUUCAAACUAUUCAAGAAAUAAGACAUUUGAAGGAAAUGUAUCGCUUAAAUCUGAAUCAAGAUGAAAUAAAACAAGAAGUAGAGGAGUAUCUUCCUUCAUUUUCUAAAUGGGCAGGAGAUUUCAUGCAUAAAAAUUCUUCAGCUGACUUCCCUCAAGUGCAGCUCUCUUUGCCAAGUGAUGAUAAUAAGACUAAUUCAACAUGUAACAUUGAAGUGGUAAACUCAUUGGAUAUUGAAGAAAGCAUUUGGUCCCCUAGGUUUGGAUUGAAAGGCAAAAUAGAUGUUACUGUUGGUGUGAAGAUACACCGAGGGUGUAAAACAAAAUACAAGAUAAUGCCACUGGAACUUAAAACUGGCAAAGAGUCAAAUUCUGUUGAACACCGUAGUCAGGUUGUUCUGUACACACUACUGAGUCAGGAGAGAAGAGCUGAUCCGGAGGCUGGCUUGCUUCUCUACCUCAAGACUGGCCAGAUGUACCCUGUACCUGCCAAUCAUCUAGAUAAAAGAGAACUAUUAAAGCUAAGAAACCAGGUGGCAUUCUCUUUGUUUCACCGUAUUAGCAAAUCUGCUACUGGACAGAAGAUACAGCUUACUUCUCUGCCAGAAAUAAUUGAGGAAGAGAAAAUUUGUAAAUAUUGUUCACAAGUAGGCAACUGUGCCCUUUAUAGCAGAGCAAUUGAACAACAGAUGGAUGACAGUUCAGUCCCAGUUGUUAUGCUGCCUAAAAUAAAAGAAGAAACCCAGCAUCUGAAGCUUGCACACUUAGAAUAUUUCAGUCUUUGGUGUCUAAUGUUAACUCUGGAGUCACAAUCAAAGGAUAAUAGAAAGAAUCAUCAAAAUAUCUGGCUAAUGCCUGUUUCACAAAUGGAAGAAAGUGGCAUUUGCAUUGGAAACCUGAUCAGAACAGGACAUGUACAGAGAGUUUGUGAUGGACAAUAUUUGCAUAAUUUCCAGCAUAAAAAUGGUGCCAUACCUGUCACAAAUCUAAUGGCAGGUGACAGAAUUAUUUUAAGUGGAAAGGAAAGGGCAUUGUUUGCUUUGUCUAGGGGAUAUGUGAAGGAGAUCAGCAUGACAACAGUGACCUGUUUAUUGGACAGGAACUUGUCAGUACUUCCAGAAUCAACUUUAUUCAGAUUAGACCAGCAAGAAAAAAAUUGUGAUAUAGAUACCCCAUUAGGAAAUCUUUCUAAAUUGAUGGAAAACACAUAUGUCAGCAAAAAACUUCGAGAUUUAAUCAUCGACUUUCGUGAACCUCAGUUUAUAUCUUUCCUCAGUUCUGUUCUUCCACAUGAUGCAAAGGAUACAGUUGCCAGCAUUCUAAAGGGUUUGAAUAAACCUCAGAGACAAGCAAUGAAAAAAGUGCUUCUUUCAAAAGACUAUACACUCAUCGUGGGUAUGCCUGGUACCGGAAAAACAACUACAAUAUGUACUCUCGUAAGAAUCCUCUAUGCCUGUGGUUUUAGUGUUUUGUUGACCAGCUAUACACACUCUGCUGUUGACAAUAUUCUUUUGAAGUUGGCCAAAUUUAAAAUAGGAUUUUUGCGUUUGGGUCAGCCCCAAAAGGUUCAUCCAGAUAUCCAGAAAUUUACAGAAGAGGAAAUUUGCAGAUCCAAGUCCAUUAAAUCAUUAACUUUUCUAGAAGAACUCUACAGUAGUCAACUUAUAGUUGCAACAACAUGUAUGGGAAUAAACCACCCAAUAUUUUCCCGUAAAACUUUUGAUUUUUGUAUUGUGGAUGAAGCCUCUCAAAUUAGCCAACCAGUUUGCCUGGGACCCCUUUUUUUUUCACGGAAAUUUGUGUUGGUGGGGGAUCAUCAGCAGCUUCCUCCUCUGGUGCUAAACCGUGAAGCAAGAGCUCUUGGCAUGAGCGAAAGCUUAUUCAAGAGGCUGGAGCAGAAUAAGAAUGCUGUUGUACAGUUAACUGUGCAGUACCGAAUGAACAGUAAAAUCAUGUCCUUAAGUAAUAAGCUGACCUAUGAGGGAAAGCUGGAAUGUGGAUCAGACAAAGUGGCCAAUGCAGUGAUAAACCUACCUAACUUGAAGGAUGUGAAGCUGGAACUGGAAUUUUAUGCUGAUUAUUCUGAUAAUCCUUGGUUGAUUGGAGUAUUUGAGCCAAACAAUCCUGUUUGUUUUCUUAAUACGGACAAGGUUCCAGCACCAGAGCAAGUUGAAAAAGGUGGUGUGAGCAAUAUAACAGAAGCCAAACUCGUAGUUUUCCUGACCUCCAUUUUUAUUAAGGCUGGAUGUUUUCCCUCUGAUAUUGGUAUCAUUGCACCAUACAGACAGCAGUUAAAGGUCAUCAGUGAUUUAUUGGCACAUUCUUCUACUGGGAUGGUUGAAGUUAACACAGUAGACAAAUACCAAGGAAGAGACAAAAGUGUUGUCCUAGUAUCUUUUGUUAGAAGUAAUAAGGAUGGAACUUGUGGUGAACUCUUGAAAGAUUGGCGACGUCUUAAUGUUGCUAUAACCAGAGCCAAACAUAAACUGAUUCUCCUGGGGUGUGUGCCCUCACUAAACUGCUAUCCUCCUUUGGAGAAGCUUUUUUACCAUCUAAACUCAGAAAAAUUAAUAAUUGAUCUUCCAUCAAGGGAACAUGAAAGUCUUUGUCACAUAUUGAAUGGUUUUCCAAGAGUAUAAGACACUAUUUUCCUUGUCUUUUCAUCCUAGGGCAGUGUUCCUUCUAGCUAUAGUACCUAAUGUUCAUAAUUUUGGUUUGUAGUACCUGGUUAGACUGUGAAGAUAACUUUUUUAACACAGUAUUUAUUUUUUUAUGUACAGGUAUAUCCAAAACUGUGAAAACUCUAAAUUUAAAGGUACUAUACAUAUGUUUUAUGUGAUCUAGAAAAAGAGUUUGACAAAUUUUUUACCAGCUUUAAAGAUAGAUUAACUCUUGGGUCUGAGCCUCAAAUUCAUUUUUAAGUUUAAAAUUUCAGGACUAAUUUCGUUUUGUAGAUGUAACUGUAAGAACUUUAUUUGAAAGACCAGAUAAAGAGAGUUGAUUUAUUUUCAUCAAUGAAGCACAAUCUUGUGAUGAUGAAAACAUAGAUUCUUUCCUGUAUUUUGAGGUCCCUGAUUCAAAGGCCAUCUUGCUGAUGUGUUUUCUGACUUUGCUUUUUGGUAUCAGAUAGAUUUUUCACUUUUAAAUUAUGACAUGAAUUAAUUAUUUUAACUAAUUUUUUAUCCCCCAUCAUCCUCAUUUUUAUUUUCAGUAUUUCCCUAUUCUAGAGUAGAUUUUGAUAUAAAAGAAAAUAAUACUCUUCUUUUGAGAACAAAUUUUGCCUUUUGAAUUGAUGACAAAUUAAAAAGAUAUAUCCCUUUUUUCACCCAUAUUCUCAUGCCCCUGUGUUUGGGGGACAUUACUCAGUUUUCCCUUUUUUGAUGUUGUAAAGAUGUUGCAAACCAAAAUGACCUCCAAGUGAUUAUUUAUAUGGUGACAGAUUUUUAACCUCAGUGUAUCCAUCUUCUGGGGGGACAUCUUUGAAGGCUUUUUAAAAAAUGGAUGUUAAAUAUGUUAAAAUGUUUGCUUCUACCUCAGGUUUUAAAAAA